AGAUUUCAUUCGUUCAAUCAGUCUGCUCGGGACCGCCGUAGAAGGAGGUAUUGUCGGUUUCGUUUCUAACAAAACGCGUUUCGGUGUGAUUUGUGUUUUGUUUUGUGGUGCACGAUGGCUUACAACGGUAGUGGUGGCAAGAGACUGUGUACAGGGACCGACCUGGACGUCGAAAGGAGUAAUGGAAACAGCUAUAUGGCUGGCGAGCCGCGGCGCAAACGCGAGCCGCCCGCUCGACCCAACCACAUUUUGCUGUACACCAUCAUCAAUCCCGCCUAUCCUAUCACUGUGGAUGUCAUACACACAAUCAGCGCGCCUCACGGACAAGUACAGAGAAUCGUCGUCUUUAAGAAAAACGGUGUACAGGCCAUGGUUGAGUUUGAAAGCGUAGAAUCAGCAACGAGAGCCAAAGAGGCGCUACACGGCUGCGACAUAUAUUCUGGAUGCUGCACAUUGAAAAUCGAGUUCGCAAAGCCUGAAAGAUUGAACGUAUUCAAAAAUGACCAAGACAGUUGGGAUUACACACUAUCGGAAGAUGUGCCACCAGUACAGAGAAGCGCGCCCCUCCUACAGUCUCCCCAGUAUACCGGUGGAAGACCACAGCCUUACAAUGCGUCGACCAACGCCCAGGCUUCCACCAGAUCCUGCUGCGAAGACACCAGCAGCCAGCACAGUCAACAUUCCUGCGAGCAUUCGCAGAACGAUAUGGACUACGGUAGCGGUGGGCCGCCUCCUCCAGGGAUGAUGAAAGACAGACAUGGGCCGCCACCACCACAUCAUCCGCGUGACGGUCGUGGCUACGGUCCAGAAGGCUACGGCGGCGAGGGGUUCGUCCCUCCCCCACCCAUGCAUCACCCCUCCAUGCCGCCACAGAAUCAGUGUCCCCUGCUGGCGCAGGGCGGCCCCCCGCAGCAGGGCGCCGUCAUGAUGGUGUACGGGCUCGACCCUCAGACGGUGAACGCUGACCGCCUCUUCAACCUGUGCUGUCUGUAUGGAAAUGUUGUUAGAAUAAAAUUCCUGAAGACGAAAGAAGGCACGGCGAUGGUACAAAUGGGUGACGGCGUCUCAGUCGAGAGAUGCGUUCAGAACCUCAACAACGUGACCGUCGGGGACUACACACUCACAUUGGCUUUCUCAAAACAAGCGUACCUAUCAGAGGUAAUGAACCCGUACCCCCUGCCCGACAAGAGUCCCUCGUUCAAGGACUACGUCGGCAACAAGAACAACCGCUUCCUCACGCCCGCCUCCAUACACAAGAACAGAAUACAGCCGCCUUCUAAGGUGCUGCACUUCUUCAACACCCCGCCGGACGUGUCGGACGAGCAGCUGCUGCAGGUGUUCAAGGACUACGGCGUCACGCCGCCACACACCAUCUCCAAGUUCCCGCUCAAGAGCGAGAGAUCGUCAUCAGGGCUGAUGGAGUUCCAGAACAUAUCACAGUCCGUCAUGGCAAUCAUGGCCUGCAACCACGCGACCAUACAACACCCAGGUGCAAAAUUCCCGUUCGUAAUGAAGCUCUGUUUCUCAUCGUCACGACAAAUUGGCCAGGGUAAAGGCCAGAAUCCAAACAAGAGUCAAAAUCAGAACCAGGAUCAAAAUAACCAGAGACAAGGCCAAAACAAUGGAAUGGCAGAACACGAAUACUACUAACGGCGAUGAGGUGGCGCACACACACACACAUAUCAAGACGGACGGCACACACACACACAGCCACACCACUACGAGUGCGGGGGUGGGGUUGCCGUAACAAAAAAAAACAACGAAAAAUUCACCCGCAUUCACAUUAACCUAUAUUCGGAAAGUUACCACUCAAAUUGGGACGCGGGCGAAUUUUUCGUAACGGCAACAUUUUGAAAUAAUUCCUUAUUUUUACAAUUUGUGAUCUAGAUCACUCUUAUAAAGACAUUAACAGUUAGUUUUCUUAAUAUAAUUUUAGACACAGUAACAUGUUUUUUCAUAUUAUUACACAUUAUUACAUUUCCAUGUUUUUUUUCUUUGUUUUUCUGUUUAUUUUGUUUAGUGGGGAGCGAUGCUCCGUUGAAUGCGUCUGCAUUUCGUUUAUGGACUUAGCGGUUUAGGUAUCGAUUAAGUAAUAUUCCCAUUUAAUUUGAUUAAUUAGCUUUUAGUUACUUAUUAUUUUACCAGUGCUGUUUUCUUCCUCAAAAAAUCGACUUGACGAAAUUGUGACGAGCGUCGAAAAUGGCACUGUUUCCCGAUUUAGUGAGGAGUUUUAGUGAAAAAUAAAUGAUAUUAGUUUGUGAGUAUUGUUGAAACAGUACUUAGUUUCCUUUCUUGUUCCCUUUUCUUGAUGCGCGAAUGGACAAAGAAAAUAAUGUCCGCGCGUAUUUGUAAUUUAUCUAAAACUUGGUUGUUUUGUAUAACGUGACAGUUGUGAAAUGUACAAGAAAUAAAGAAACUGAGGUAUAUUAUAGAAAAUUUGUUUUAUUUUUGGUUUUUAAUAGACCACGCUUAUGUGCUUGUUUCUUAAGUUUGCACCAAUUUUGUUCGUAGUGGCGAUCUAUCGACCAUUUGAAAAUGUUUUAAGAACCAAAAGUAUCUAAAUGUAAGAAAUAGUUUAGCACUCUUUAGGUUUAGUAGUAAGUGUCAUUGCAAUGUCAAUUAUAUUC